AUGGAUUCAUAUAAGAAUCAAGAAGAAACAAGUGAUCAUAAUGAUGCACAAGAAGAAAGUGGAUGGACAACUUAUUUUGAGGAUUUUUCAAUGGAACAACAUAACAAUAAUAGUGAAAAUAGCACAUAUUGUGAUAGUUUUGGAAGUCCCUCUUUGUUGUCUGAUGCUGCUUCUCAUGCUGUUUGGAACAAUUGUAACAACAAUAAUUAUGGGUCACCAUUUCUUAAGAGAUUGAAUUUGAAGAAACCAAGGAACAAGAAAAUCUCUGAUCCUGAUUUAGAAGACACUGCUAGCUCACCUGUCAAUAGUCCUAAGGUAAGUUUUAAUAAGCAAAUGGACAUCAAUUACCGAAGAACAGACAACAAUAAUGGAAAUUUUCUGGGAUUUGAAGGUGGCUCUAGACAACAACAAGAAAUGGAGACAAUAGAAAGAAAUAGUACUCUGUGUUUUGAUGAAAAGAACAAAAGUUAUAUGGACCUCAAGAAGAAGGGGCUUUGUUUGGUGCCUUUGUCCAUGUUGGUCAACUAUAGAGGCUGAGCGUUCUCGUUUGAUUAAAUACAUAUUAGUUAUAGAAAGUAUGAUUCCGAAAGUGACUUUGAUUUGUCAGUUUAAGCUCAAGUACUCUUUGCUUUAAGUUAGCGGAACUAUAUAAAAAAAAAAAGUCUAUUUAAUUCCUCUCACUAUGUAAAAAUAUUUUUCAGUUUUUUUUUUUUUUUUAGGGAAAGAAAUGUAUUAGCUACUAGUAUGAAAUAGUGGCAUGUAAGUAAGACUUUUCUUAGAUGAAAAUAAAUUUGUGAAAGAGGGAUUUGUAUAUAA